AUGACGACGACGGCGACGACGACGACAAUGAUGAUGACAACGAGAGCCGAUGUAAUCGCAAAGCCCGAGUCCGUAUCAGGAGAAAGUCUCUGGAACCUUUGCUUCAAUGGAAUUGAUCUGAGAAGCCCAAGCCCUAGAGGCGAUGGGUAUCACUCGCGUGAGGUUCAAAUCACGAGGGACAGAGGCAGACGGGUCCAGACGGUUGCCAGGGCCGCCACUAACAUGGCCACCCUCCGAAUACCAGCAGUGAGAGGGCCUGGCGACAUAGCGGGACAGCCCGGCGGGGACGACGUGGAGAUGCUAUUCUACGUGCUUGGCCCGCUCUCCCCUCGUUCGUUCUGGUCCCGGGCUAUCUCGACAUCAAGUCACCCUCAGAUGCGGAUCACGUAUAUGAUCUGUUUAAGUUUGAUAGGCCAGGACAUCGGAACCGAAAGGAGACAAGAAGACCUCUGUGAAGGUUUCGCUGAUGCGCGCACUGCUAGCGUAGAGAUGCCCAGAUCCUUCGACAGCCUUAGAUCCUGCGUCUGCAGGAACCACGAUCCAUGGAUCAUGGGAGGGCUUGACUUUGCUAAGGAGGAGCCGCAGCUGCCCCGCCGUGCGACGAGAUCCAUGUCCAGACCAACUUCGGCUGUCUACCUGACCGGGGACCGAGGCUUGCCUGAGACUCAACCGGCCUUACGCCUUGUUGAUGAUGACUUCCACGCGCCCUCGACAACAGAUUCAGCCAACGGCAAGGAAGGGAUGCAUGCCAACGUGGCGAACUUCUUCCUCCUCCUUGCACAGCGAAAUGAGGCAUGCUUAGGCCUUGCUAGGUGGUCUUUUGACAAAUUAGCCUUGCUGCCUGGCCUCCCCUGUUGGACCACGAGGUGA